CAUGGCGGGACUAAAAACUCCUACCAUUUAGGAAACAACAGAAAACGACAAAGAUGAAGUUGAGGUCAGGGCCUUGGAAGUGGUCUGUACAAGGUCCUUAAAGACUUCCAACUUCCGCCCUGGCCGGCUUGGGGCGGCCCCAGCAGCCGGCCGUGGUGGCGAUGGCAGAGGCAGAGGAGGGGGUGCCGGCAGUGGAGCUCAGCGGGCUGCCCCCCGACAUCCCGGAUGAGCUGCUCACACUCUACUUUGAGAACCACCGACGCUCUGGGGGGGGCCCUGUGCUGAGCUGGCAGAGACUUGGCCACGGAGGCGUGCUCACUUUUGAGGAGGCGGCAGACGCAGCUCGGGUCCUGGCCCAGAAGGAGCACGUGCUGCAGGGCGCCCGGCUGAGCCUACGGCCGGCCCCACCCCGUGCGCCUGCCCGCCUGCUGCUCCAAGGACUGCCCCCUGGCACCCCACCCCAGCGCCUGGAGCAGCAUGUCCAGGCCCUGCUGCGUGCCGCGGGGCACCCGGAGCAGCCCUGCCGUGCCCUGGCCAGUCCCCGACCAGACCGGGCCCUGGUCCAGCUAUCGAAGCCCCUCUCAGAGGCAGAAGUCCGUGUGCUGGAGGAGCAGGCUCGGGCCCUGGACCUGGAGGGGGCCCAGGUAUCCCUGGCGCAGGUGCCCCAGGCCCGAGCGGUGCGCGUGGUGGGGGGCACUACCCCCGUGGACCUGCUGCUGCUGCAGCUGUACCUGGAGAAUGAGCGCCGGAGUGGCGGGGGCCCCCUGGUGGGCCUGCGCAGCCUGCAAGGGCCCCUGGGCACCGUGGUCUCCUUCCAGCAGUGGCAGGUGGCCGAGCGGGUGCUGCAGCAGGACCACCGGCUACAGGGCUCGGAGCUGAACCUGGUCCCCCACUACGACGUCCUAGAGCCCGAGGAGCUUGCUGCGGACGCCAGUGGAGGGGACCACUCGGCCGAGUUGGGGCCUGGGGCCACUGCGCAUGCCUUUCUGGAGGCCAGGGAGCCAGCGAGGGCACUGGAGGGUGUGGGGACUGUGACCUUGGGCUCUACGGAGGCACCAGGCCAAUCGGGAGCCCCGUUAAGGACAGAGCCCAUCGGGUCUCUGGGGCAGGCCGUGGGGUCCUCGGAUCAGGAGGGGCUGGAGAGCCUGGGGCUCCCGGGGUCUUCAGGGCAGGCAGAGCCGGUCAGCUCAAGGCCUGCAGAGUCCCCAGGCCCCGUGGGCUCAGUGGAGAAUGCCCCGGGGCCUCCAGAGCAGGUGGGAUCAGGGAGCCUGGAGCCGGGGGCGCCCCCGGAGCAGGGGGGGCUGGUGGAGAUGGUGCUGUCGAUGGAGCCGGGCACCAUGCGCUUCAUGCAGCUCUAUUACGAGGACCUUCUCGCUGGCCUGGGAGAUGUCGCCCUCUUCCCGCUUGAGGAAUCAGAUAUGACCGGCUUUCGACUCUGUGGAGCCCUGGCCCCGUGCCAGGCAGCGGAGGAGUUUCUGCAGAGCCUGCUGGGCAGCGUCAGCUACCACGUGCUGAGCCUGAAGCACCCGGGCAGCGCCAGGUUCCUGCGGGGCCCCGAGGGGCGGCACCUGCUCAGGGAGCUGGAGGCUCGGUUCCAGUGCGUCUUCGGGACGGAGCGCCUGGCCGGGGACGCCCUGGACACAGACCCCGCAGAGGUGGACCCCACUGAGGCCCUCCAGGCGCUCCCCGGCCAAGCCCACACUCCGUGGCCCCCCGACAGUACAGGCAGUGACCCGGAGAACCUGAGCCUCGAGGAGGUCCGAGAGCUACUGGCCACUCUGGAGGGCCUGGACGGGGAGGACUGGCUGCCCCUGGAGCCUGGGGAGGAGGAACCGGAGGAGCAGCCAGAGGAGGAGCCGCCAGAGGAGGAGCAGCCAGAGGAGGAGCCCGUGGCCCCCAGCACCGGAGGCCCCCAGCGCCUGGAGGAGGAGGCGGCGCUGCAGCUGGCUCUCCACCGGUCCCUGGGGCCGCAGGGCCAAGCGGCUGAGCAGGAGGAAGCUGCUGCGUUGCAGCGGGCGCUGGCCCUCUCCCUGCUGGAGCCGACCCCCCUGGAGGCCGAGGAGGAGUUCCUGGGCGGGGGGCCUGGCGGCCAAGCCCAGCUGGUGGUGCAUGUGGCCUUUGAGCAGGACCUGGACGAGCUGGACCGGGCACUCGGGGCUGCCCUGGAGGUGCACCUCCGGGAGGAGACAGUGGGGCUCCGGGGUCACACGCUGCCCGCAGAGCUGCUGGCCCGCCUGGAGCGGCGCCACGGAGUGAGCGUUGCCCUGCACGAUGACCGCACUGUCCUCCGGGGCUUUGGGGCCCAGCCCACCCGUGCAGCCCGCCACCUAAGGGCACUACUGGCUGGCCCCCGGGGUCAGAGCUUGACCUGUCCUUUGGAGGGUUCGCGCCCCACCGGGCCACAGCAGAGGCCGAAGGGGCCCUGGGGCAGGCUGGAGUGUCUGGCUGAGGACAGCCCUGAGUUCCAGGAGGUGGUGCAGACCUUCUAUGACACCCUGGACUCUGCCCACACCAGGAUCCGCAUCGUCCGGGUGGAGCGCGUGCUGCACCCGCUGCUGCAGCAACAGUACGAGCUGCACCGAGAGCGCCUGGAGCAGCGCUGCGAGCAGCGGCCGGUGGAGCACGUCCUGUACCACGGCACGUCGGUGCCCGCUGUCCCCGAAAUCUGUGCCUACGGCUUCAACCGCAGCUUCUGCGGCCGCAAUGGCACGCUCUACGGGCAGGGAGUAUACUUCGCCAAGCGCGCCUCCGUCUCCGUGCAAGACCGCUACUCGCCCCCGGACGCCGAGGGCCACAAGGCAGUGUUUGUGGCGCGGGUGCUGACUGGGGACUACGGGCAGGGCCAUCGCCAGCUGCGGGCGCCCCCUCUGCGCGCCCCGGGCCACGGGCUCCUGCGUUACGACAGCGCCGUGGACUGCCUCCGCCAGCCCAGCAUCUUUGUCAUCUUUCACGACACCCAGGCGCUGCCCACCCACCUCAUCACGUGCGAGCGCAUACCCGGGGUUCCCCUUCGGGACCCCUCUGGGCCCUCGGGCCACUCCCUGGACUCCUAACCCCAGCGGUCCCUCUCGGCUCUGUCCCGCUCGGCUGGCCUCCUGCUCUCCCCAGGCCCCAGCUGCACGCAGCCUUAGGGAUCUGCUGCCGGAGCCGCCCCUGCCUCCUGUCGAGGUGCGGGGACGGGGGAGCAGCGCGGAGGGCUGGGGCGGGUCCCCUCAGGGGCGCGCCCAGCCACCAGGGGUCAGCAGAGCCCAGGAGGAGGGCUGACGGCCCACACCCUCCGCCGAGGCCACACCUCGCUUAAGCGCGACUCUGUUAUUUGAAUAAACGUGGAACCAGGCAGAGGGACCUGCUGGAGCAGCUA